AUGAACCCUUCAAGUGUUAUCCUAUUGAAUAUCCUUCUAAUUAGCGCCAGUCAUUUGUGGCAAGCUGUGGAAUCUUUCCUACCGAUCGGAACACCAAUUACGACGUCACAUUAUUCGAAUACCCAAUCAUCAACGUCUGAUGAUUGCUAUUAUUCUUAUUCUGCCACACACUCCAACAUUUGCUUUCCUUCUUCAUCUUCCUCAUCCUCAUCAUCUUCCUCAUCAUCAUCCUCUUUUUCCAAGCUCUAUGGCAUUCGAUGCGAAGACAAGUUUUAUCAGCUGGAGGAAGCGGAAGAUGGAGAAUCCUCCCGAACGGAAGUCUACCUCAUGCAAGAUCGGCAAGUGGACUUUGGCAAGACGGACGGUCCAGUGCCAGACUAUGUAGAAGGUCAAUGGUUCGUCGAGGAGGGAACGGAUCAAUUUAAAAUGACGAUUCGUCGUGUCUUUGGUACGGGCAAGAAGGGCAGCGACAUGGGAGAGUUUUCCUUUGAGAUUAUGCGAGAAUUGAAAGGUGAUUUGACCAUGGUCGGCGAAAGUGUGGCCAUUACUGGUACUAUUGUCAAUAAGGAUGAAUUAUUGGGUGACAAAGAAGUGGGAUAUUUCAACAUGGUCGACGACACGGACGAGCGAGAGAGUUAUGCUUUGGAAGGAAGGUUCAAGUACGAGAUUGACAAGACCAAGGGUUUGAAGCUAAGUGAAUAUACCUUUGCCAGUGAAACCGUCGGUAAAUUGAGAGGCAUGUUUGCUCAAGUCAAUUGGAACGAACUCGGUCCUGGUGGAUAUGAUCCCAAUGAAGUAUUUGGCGCCUUGCCAGCAGAAAUGGCCGCUGCAUUUGAACAGCAAGACUUUCACAAACUGGAAUCUUGUCUCCUAGCCAUGCCAGAAGAAGAAGCUAUCUAUUAUUUGGACGGAUGCAUCAAUUCGGGACUGUGGUGGACAGAAGAGCAAGUUGCGCAACUUCAACAACAAGGAUGGCAACCGCAACAAGCGGCAGGUCCUGGUGGGUUGGAUCCAAUGGAAGUGUGGCAAUCUUUGCCUCCCUUGAUGCAGCAAGCAUUUGAAAUGCAAGACAUGACCAUGCUGGAGAGUGCCUUGUCCCACAUGUCCACGGAAGAAGCAGAGUAUCACAUGAAGCGAUGUGAAGAUUCUGGUCUAUGGGGAUAA